GAGGGUUAUCAAUAUCACUUAUUCCAGUUUGGAGGGUCAGAUUUAAUAGUUCAGUAGUUUGCUGACUCCUGGUCUAGACUGUAGGCUCCAUAGAUCAUCGAUGUUGCAGGUCUUUCAGUUAUGAAGUUCUAGUUUUAUACCAGCAGUAAACAUUCAUCUACUUCCAUUACAUUAAGAAUGUACCAAUUCUGCUGACCAAACUGUGCUUUCUCUGAUUUGACUGUUUAAAGUUUAAAACGUUUGAAUCAUUCUGCAGUUCAAAAUUUUAACAUUUACAAAGAACACGUUUUUUGUGAGAUAUUACUUAUUCAGACAAGAAGAGAGAGAUUCGCUUCGUGAAACUGUAGUCUAGAGGUGUCAUGUUACAACAUAAACCUACAAACAUGUCACGUCUGUUAAGGAAAUUAAACAAACGUUUGCCUUUGAAGGACGUAACGACGUGAGCAAAACCAUGAAGUUCCUCUGCAGAGUGCAGCCUGCACACAGAAACAGCCUGAAAACGUCCAUCCUCUAUAAACUCAAUUACCCAAAACUCUGUGCGGUGGGACAUCAGGGUUUAACUAAUGAGGAGGGCUGUUGGAUUGGCAUUCCUACAAAGAAUAGCUCCUCCAAUGAGAGAGAGAAGACAGCCAGCUGAGAGAACAGAACGGCGACCAUGACUGCAGCUGAUGUUUGAGUUCAGAACCGGCGCGGCACCGCCUCGGUCCACACACUACAGAACCGGGGCGGCACCGCCUCGGCCCUCACAGAAGCAGGCCGGCAUUGGUUAGCUCGUUCUCGGACUGCUGUCUCGGGUUUUCGUGAACAAACGUUCGCAUUAAACUCCUCUUGGAAGCAGAAAACGAACAGACGCGCGGAAAGUGAGAACCUACCUUCUCUCCUGCUGUUGCACGCGACCUGAACGCUGCGUGUUUGAACCACCCCGGCUGCCGUAGAAAAACUGCGUCACAGGUCAAAGUUGAACUGGAAGUGUCAUGGCGACGGAGGGGAAGAUGAAGAAUCCCGGGAAAACGUCCAGAAAAGCAGGGAGACGCAGCAAAACUCUGACCGCCGAAGAAGAAGCCAGAAGAAGGAAGGAUGCGCUGAGGGAGCAGCUGGAGCUGGAGAGGAGAGCCCUGGAGGUGGUGGAGCAGCUCCUGGAGAGCAGCGUGGCAGAAGACUUCCUCCUGGAGUCGGCCAAGUUCAUCACUCCAGCUAAUUACAGAGAUGCUGUGGAGGAGCGGUCCAUCUUAAAGCUGUGUGGUUAUCCAACAUGUCCAAAGCAGCUGGGCAAAAUCCCGUCUCAGCAGUUCAAAAUCUCUACCAAGACGAACAGAGUUUAUGACAUCACAGAGCGCAAGCGUUUCUGCAGUAAUUUCUGCUACAAGGCCUCCAAAGAGUUUGAGCUGCAGAUCCCAAAGACGCCUCUGUGGCUCAGGAAGUUGGAGAGUCCCCCGAAGAUCAGGCUGCUGACGGCAGGACAGAGUGGGAGCUCCGGAGAGGAGGUGCUGCUGUCAGAUCAGCGCCUCAAAGAGGAAGACGUUGAGAAACCACAAGCUGCCGCCCCCGCUGAGCCAUGCGGGGAUCAUCAAAGCUCGGCUGGAGAUGAGAGCAGCGGUGGGGAGCAGGACUUUGUCUCCAGUGUGGCCUUCCAGCAGCAGAAACCCCGGGUUCACUGGGCUGACCGCACGGGUGAAAGCAAGAACGGGAGCCAAGGAGAGGAGGGGACGGACGGGACUGAAUGUCUGAGUCGCCUUCCACAGGAGGACACGAGGGGGCCGCAUCCUGAACCCCCACAGCUGCUCGGUCCCAUCACAAGCAAGGCUGAGCCACAGGACUCACCUGAGCGCCCCCAACUGGAAGAGGUAACAGCUCAGAUGAGGGAGUGCACUCUUCAUGAGACAGCAGCAGCCCCCCUGCCGGGCCUCCACAUCACCCAGGUGGGCAUGAGCAGGCGAGGAGCUGCAGGGCUGCGGGCUCUGCUGGGGAGGCAGAGCUGCACGGGAGCCAAACGGGAGCCAGCGAGCCUCCUGGAGACCCUGAGGAGGACUCUGAAAGCCUGGUGCACCGAUCACACCAUCAGGUUCCUGCACGGAGCCGCCUGCUCACCUGCCCCCCGUCAUCAUAACAGAAAGGAAGAGGGGGAGUUGGAUGAAGAUGAUGAUGCAGAUGACGUGAUAUUGACGGACGAUAGCGGGGAGAAGAAGCUGUGGGGGACAGAAGGAGACUAUGAGACGCUGCAGAGGCUGACCCAACAGAUGGAGCUGAGAGUCAAGGAGUUCUACAAGGGGACCUGGGUUAUUCCUGUGGAGGAGCCGAGUGCUAACCAGCAGAACCUGAAGGAACCGGUCCUGCCGCUCGUGGACUCCCAGGCUCAGCAUCUGAUCCAGAAACGCAUCACCGUGGAGAAGCUCAGCAGCUGCCUCAGGACCAUCGUAGGCCCGCUGCACCUCACCCUGAGUGAUGUCUCCACAGACCUGAACGACUUGGUGAAGACAUUCAGGUUCACCAACACCAACAUCGUUCACAAAAGCCCGGAGUGGACCCUGAUAGCAGUGGUGCUGCUGCAUGUAUCCGUGAUGCCUGGAGGAGGACACACACCCGGUUUUAACACACACACUUGGCAAACGGAGGGCUUUGAAUUUCCCCAGCUGGGAAAUCUUCACCUGAUGCUCGACUGAAGAACAUUUAUGGCUCCUCUUCAGUUUGCUUAGUUAGUAUUUAUUUUAAAGGAACACAGGAAUGCUGCUGCUGAAGAAGCUUGAGGAUCACAUUCCAAACUAUUCUACAAAGAAAACUUUUCCAAGAUUUUAUAAAUAGUCAAAGCAAAUAACAGUCAGCAUAAAAACAUUAACUGUUAGUGUAAAUAAAACGUUAGCAGGCAUUUCUCCCAAUAAUAGUGUGUUUUUAAUAAAAAUUUUAAAAUGCACUGUUCCAAAUUAUUACGCACAACCGUUUUCAAAGAUUCUGUAGAUGAAAAUGAUCAUUUGACCGCCAAUCAUUUAUUUCGAGGUCAUAUUUACUAAACUCAAAAGACAUUACAAUCAAAAACAUCUCAAGGGUUCUUCUUUUUGUAGAAAGUGGUCAGUCAGAACAGGUCAGAACAGGUCAGAACCUACUUUUCUGAGGUCAUUUUCACACCUAAAGAGCCCGACCAGCUCUUUCCCCAUGAUUCCGGCCCAAACCAUUACUCCACCACUUCCUUACUGACAUUGCUGCCUUGUAGGAACACGGUGACCAUCCACCAAAUAGGUUUCCAUAGAACUGCAGGCCUCUGGAGGAUCCUACACCUGGAUGUUUGUGGGACUCCAGAGACAGCAGCAGCUUCAAACAUGUUCUUUCUGCUUUGAAUGGUAUUUCAGCCGCUUUAGUCUGAUGGAUUUGUCUGUCAGAAACCAAACUCAUUCUGUCUUCAUCUGCACCGACCCGCGUGUCUCUGAAUCAGCCACAAAUCUUUCAUAGGACGAUGAUCACGCUAAUGUUUUCCUGAAUCGUCAGAGGUUUUAUAACUUGUUCAGGCUUUUCAGCAGCAGAGAUCCUUUUUUCCCCAUAUUGGUUGAAAAUGUUGGUCUGCUAAAUAAUGUGGAACGUCCUUCUUUAGUAGUUUUUCCUGAAUUGAACUGACCUGCAAACUAAUUAUCACAGGAGUCUGAGAUCCAAAGAGCCCAGAGACACAAUAUCAUCCAUGAGUUGAACUAAAAACUUUGAUAAUCAUUUGGAAUGCACUGUACAGCCUGCAGAUGGACAGACUAAGUGCAAAGAAAAGAUAGUUGAAUCUUCUAUUUAGGUGGAAACGUGUUUUUUGUGGGGGUUUUUCUUAAUCAGCUGUGCUCCCUUUGCCACAUCUCUGCAGCUCUAUGAUUUCACCGCCUUCUCUUCGGCUCUGUUCAUCUUUUCCAUCCAUCAUGAAUAAUUUGGUGUGUCGUCUUACCUGUCGGCCGUGUGGCAGCUGUGGAGUUGCUCUGCUCCCUUUUGUUCAGGCCACCUGAAUAAUAGAUGCCCCCCCCCCCACACUGCAACAUUAGACCCAGGUUGAACCGGAGAUUAUCCGGCGGCGCACCUCCACCUUGGACGGGACAGAGUAAAGCUGACCAACAGCUCUGUCAAACAAAGACGGCGUGAUGACCUCCGUUUCAGCUGAACGCGAGGCGGCGCGGCGGGGAUCGAGGCCAUGAACCUGUGACGUAACGCUCUGCUGAAUCACAUGUUCCCCUGGAAGUUCAGUCUGCAGCCGCUUCAUUCAGACUCAACUCCGAUUCAUAUCAGAACCAGAACCAGAAGGAAUGGGCGUGUUAGGAAUCAUACCUCUGAUUUCUGAUGUUGUGUCCCUCCAGCCUGUCCACAGUGUCUCCUGUGGUGAGGGGAGCCUUGGAGGCCGACUCCUCUGUGGACUACGUGAAGACGCUGCUGAAGGAGCUGGGCCUGGAGGAGCAGCACCUCCUGAGUUUGGUGGAGCUGUUCCAACCCCCCCAUCACACGGACAGCCGCCAGCAAGCAGACGUGUAUCAGUGACAUGCAGAAAGGUGCUUUGCAAAUAAAAGGGACUUUUUCAUGGAUGACUUUUCUGGCUUUCUGCUGCGUUGGAGGUUGAGAAUCGGCUCCGUCUGCAGCGAGAUGCAGACAAAUCAGAUCCUUCAGGUCUGACGCUGUUGAUGUUUAACCUCAGUGGACCAGAUAAAUCACACCCAGCCUGUGUGGGUGAACAGCCGUGUGGCCCUGCUGCUGUAAUAAAACCAAGUUAUAUCUCCAGA